UACGUGCGCCAAGAUGUCCCUCCUUCGUCUACUUCAAUGUUGGGAGGUAUGUCUUUACGGCGACGAGGGGACGGGGCUACACGGAAAAGGCUGCCUGAGAGGGACAGGACUGAUUGAAGUACUCACUCUGCUGCUUCAGCUAACCAUCACCAGCUUUGCAGAGAUGCCUGGAGCUGCAGGGAGAUGCGACAAUGGGCCUUGUGCACUGAUGGACAUUUGGAUGUGUCAUGUGACCAGGAAGUGCACUGUAGUCAGAGCUCAGUCAGCAGCAGCAAAAGAAGACACAGGGGAUGCAGAACCAAAGAGCUUUGCCAGGGAGUUUUCCACAGGCUAUCUCAUUGGUGAAGUGUUAUACAAAUACCAACUACAGAAUGACUUCAGCCAGUUCUCACAAAGCAGGGUGUCCAACUCCAAACUGAACAACUUUACUCGCGUGGAGCCCACCCUACAACUCUUGGGCAUCCCUUUUGACCAGAAUGCGGCCCAGAAUAUUAUGUGCGAGCAGCACGGAGCCGCCACUCGGCUGCUGUAUCAGCUGUACAUCGCACUACAGAGGAAGAAGAAAGCUGGGCUGACGGGGGUAGCUUUGGAGACUUUAAGACCAGCAGCCCCAGCAAAGCUUCAAAGCAUCGGAACUGAAAUCUAUAAAGACCGUAUAAAGACAUUGGUCCCACGCCAGAGCCACAUAAAUCUGCAGCAAGUGACGGAACAAUUUGAUUUGAAAGCCAAAGAGAUGGAUGAAAAGAUUGCCCAAAUCCAGAAUGAUGAGCUAAAGAAAAUCCAAAUGAUUCAGCAGGAAUUACGGCUGCAGGAUAUAGAGAAGCUUCGUUAUGCGAGAAGAAAACAAAAUGAAAUAAUGGCCAGAAUUCAGGCGGCCAUCGUGCAGAUUCCCAAGCCGCCACAAAACCGCACCUUAAAGGCCAUCGAGGCAAAAAAGAUUCUAAAAAAGAAGAAAGAAGCAGAAGCGGUUUACAAUGAAAUAUCAAAAUUUGAAAAAUCAGUGAGAAAGGAUGGGCUGAGUAAUAACGUCACACCAAACGGGAGGAGUCCAAUACUACAGAGAAUAAGAUCAACAGGUAGCAUCAAAUCACCUCUCUUACACCUGCAUUCUGCUGAUGAUUAUGUGAGAAAAAUCCAGAAGAGGUUAGAGGAGGAUACGGUGGCACGCGAGCAACGGGAGAAGAGACGGCGGAGAAUCCUGAUGGAUCAGCUUAUCGCUCAUGAGUCACAAGAGGAGGCUUUUCAGGAGGAACAGCUUAUCACCCGUUUGAUGAGACAGUCCCAGCAGGAGCGCAGAAUCGCCGUACAGCUCAUGCAGGCUCGACAUGAGAAGGAGGUUUUGCAGCAGAACAGGAUUUUCCGAGAGAAGCAGUAUGAGGAGAGGCGGGAGAGGGAGUUCCAGGAUGCGCUAGACAGAGAAGCGGCCCUACAGAAACAAGCCAGGCUGGACCAUGAGGAGCAGAUGCGGAAAAUCCUGGAACUCUAUGACCAGCUAUCAGCAGAAAGGGCAGAGGCACGAUACAAGAAACAUUACUACAUCUGCCAAGGGAUAAUGAGCCAGAUUGUCGAUCUCGUUACAAAAAUUGGGGAAUACCGAGAACUAACCGAUAGGCUAAUACCUAAUACAUUAAUGAGAGAAUGGAAAGAGAUCUAUUUUACUGGAUUGCCUCUGUAUGAAGAAGCUUUGAUAGACCCUCUACCUUCUGAGCCAACUCCGGAACAACUAGUGGAACUAGAGAAAGAGAGUCUCUUAGAUGAGAAAGAAUAUGAAGAAUACAAGAACAUGUCGGGAGAUUGGAUUUCGUCGGAUGAUGUUGGGGUUAAAGCACCUGCAGCAAAUAAUAAUAUAUUGGGCCAUGUGGUUCACAGACUGUUGGAAAUUGUCGAUCCUACCCCAGCACCCACACCGCCACCUGUGUUUCCUCCAUUCCCCAUUAAAGGCUGUGUUCUUGGAAAGAUCUACUCUGGGAAGAGCACCUGCCUGAGGCAUUUGGCACAGGCUUACAGCACCCGGGUGCUCUCUGUGGACACACUAGUGCAGGACUCUAUACAAGCCUAUCAAGAAGCCCGUAUGUCUACAACUGAUCAGAAGGAAGCCGAUGAAAACACGCUAUCGGCACAGGCGCACCUUGGCAUGAUGGCGGAGAAACAUUUGAAAAGAGGAAAGGCCGUACCAGAUGAGCUGCUUGUGGAUAUACUUGUUGAGGCAAUUAAUUGUGUCCCGGCAAACACAGGAUGGAUCAUGGACGGCUUCCCGGCUACUCUAAAUCAGGCUAAGUUACUUGAGAAAGCGCUUACAGGAGCGGACUCAGAGAAAAUGGCAGCAAGAAGCAAGAAAAGCAAGACGUCACAUUUACUGAGAGAUUCCGGUGCACCGCAGGACCCUCCUCCGCAAUCUCCUGCUUUCGACUUUGCUGUCUUAAUAGACGUUUCAGAUAAUGUAGUAUUACAGCGUGCGGCUGGAUUAUAUGGUGGAGUAAAUCCAUUGAUGACUCAGGGAGAUGACCCUGACAAUGCAGCAGUGGGAGAUCAUGACCAAACCAUACACCAAAUACAGCACAGAAUAACAGGUUUCCUCGACAGCUGGCACAAACUGGAGAUGUGGUUUUCGGUGCAGCAGAAUAUUUUAGUGAAAGUAGAUGGGGAAGUGGCGGAAGACAUCUUGUGCAAGGAAAUAGAACAAGUAUUCUUAACUACUGUCUAUAAUAAGGAAAAUAAAGGUAAAGAGACUGAGAAGAAAGAGGAGAUACCACCACCGCCACCAGUCAUACCCUCACCUCCACCUCCCGCUCCUUCUCCUCCUCCUCCUCCAGACUCCACCAAGGACCUUCAACGGCCACCUCAGGACAAACAGGCGUCUGCAAAAAAAGGAAGGAAACAGUCCCAAUCGCCCAAAGAUACUUCUGUAGAUAAGAAAGAGAAAAAAGAUACACCACGGGGGAAAGAUUCAGAAUCAAGAACUCCAAAAUCAGGAUCUCCAAGAGGGCGAUCUCCAGGAAAGAAGUCCAAGUCAGCUACUCCUGAACCACCUGUUCCCACUCCGGUUGGUCCUCCUCCCAUUCAGCCAGGAUCUGCUGAGUGGGUGUACGUCAGUGAGCCACUCCCACCAGAAAUUCCAGAGUUCCUAGUACCUUAUUGGCAGACCAUAGAAAAGACAUACGUAACUGCCAUCAAAGCCGGACUACGGAGUAUGAGAAAAGAACGGUUCAUUGUAAUCCAUUAUCUAUAUGAUAUCAGAGGUAAAUUUAAGCAUUACUUGCAGCGCCCAGACCACAAGCAGGAGUUUGUCUCUCAGUGGCAGUCUGACUUCAGUUCUGUGCCGGAGGACAUGUGGGAAGACGAAGAGACGAAAGCGGAAUGGCACCAAAGGCUGGAUGAUCUCAGAGACCGUCUGUGGGACAUCUGUGACAACCGGAAGGAAGAAGCGGAGCAGGAGCGUUCCGAUAUCAUGAAUGAAGGGUGGCUGCAGGAUCACUUGGGGAUACUGAUGAACCAUUGCUUCUCACUCAUGCAGGUGGAAGUGGAUCGUUUUCAAGACACAGUGAGGUUUCUUCAUGACUAUUAUGAAGGAAUGGAGAAGAGAGUUCCAUCUGAGAGUAGACAGGAGUUUGCUCGCAUCCCACUCCUGGACAUUUCGUAUUCCAGCCACCCAGAGGAACCUGACAAGCCCAAAAGGAUUCCUCUUGUUCCUCGAAGACAUCAAUCCCCAGAGCCAAACCCAGGGAAGCAGAAAGGUAAACCAGCGACACUGAAGGGAAAGGAGGAUCCCUCCGUGGAGUAUAAAGGACAGAUCCCCGAAGCUGAUCAGAAGCUCAUUCAUGACACAUGGCAAACAGCCCUCUCAGCAGUCACAGCUAUGUUGGCACAUGAGAAACUGACACUAGAGGCAGAAGACGAGAAAGAACAACAGCUAAUGGAAAUGAAGGAGAAAGAGAGAGCUAAAGGCUCCCAAACUGCUUCCAGAGGCAGCGAGAAGGGGGCAAAAAAGAAGCCUCCAAAGUCACCAAAUAGGAAAAAAGGAGGAAAGUCCCCUGGGCCUGUAGCCCCCACACCUACUCCCACAGCCUCAGAAGACAACACAGAGCUGCAGAGACAGCAGGAACUAAGAAUGAAGAUGAAGCAGGAAUAUUGUGCAGCUCUGGAAUGUGAAGAGGCAUCUGUGAUCUCCCGACUUGAACUGAUAAAAGUAAAAGCCAUAGAGGUAUGCCAGGAGAUAGCAGCCAAAUCAGAGCAGGCUUAUAAGGACAUGGAUAAGUGGCUGGGAUUAAGGUUCCUAGCGGAGAUGUCAAGUAUCGAUAAGCUGAUUCAAAUUGCUCGUCACCACAUUGAAACAAGCACAAAGAUUCAGUAUGAACUGGUCCUGGAGCAAACUGACUUCUAUAUAAACACUGAUGUUAAAGUCAUCCCGGAUCCUGAGCCCCCACCUGUACCCCCAGCGGUGGAGACGUCCCCCAAUGGCGCACUGACCAUUUCCCAGCUCCGUAGGUUGCACCAGCAGUUCCUGCAAGUGGCUCCUGAUGGUUUAAUAUCAAUUAAGUUAUUUACUGACUUUCUGACUGAUCUCACGUCAAUGAAUGUUGGUGAUGAUGCUCUCCCGGAGUCAUGGAUGCGUCUUACACUGCCUGAGAUUCAGGAAAUAACAUCAGCGUUGUCUGAGAGUUCAGAUGUCGUGAACUGGCGCAAGUUCCUGUUAUCAGUAUCUGUACCCUGCUCGUACCCAUCGCUGCUCCAACUUCUCACAAUGCUGGAGAGAUUCCGGGAGGCAGAUCCCAGUGGGUGUGGCAGAGUCACUGAAGAGUGUUACAGCACGGUCGAGCUGUGGUUUAUGGGGAUAAUGGAGGAAAACGUUCCUGAAAACCCAACAGAGCCUCCACCAUUUAACAGAAUGGAGCAUCUUAUCAGGUUUUACUUUGAUAUGUUUGCUGACUAUGAUCUGCAGCCCCCGCAGCUGGACUAUAUAGACAUGUUGCUGUAUUUCGCUUCCCACCCGGAUCCCAUGGAUGGAUUCUACCGAGCGCUAAGCGUCACUACAGGGAAACCAAUCACAAAGCAGGCAUAUGACGGCACUCUUGUAAAGUCUCUUCCAACAAUGGAUCCACUUGAAGAGGGUCCAGAAGGAAUUACAGAGCAAGAGAAGGAUAUUGUCCGGAACACAGAACCAGUAGCUGUCACAUUGCAGGAGGUCCUGCGGGUGUUUCAGCACGGAGCUGGCGUGGAUGGGGAGAACCACAGGUUCCAGCCACAACAAAAAGAGACAACCAAUUAUCAGAAGAUCAUCGGACACAUAUUCAGUGAAAUGAGCCCAGACUGCAUGGCGCCCGUCUCCCUCGCUGCUCUCCUGAAACACCCGAUUUUUCACGACCUUGUUGAAAAUUGUCAUCUCUAUAAACUCUCAGAUAUCCAGGUCAUACUACAGAAAGCCAAAGUCAUGCACUCUGGGGAGGGGGACACCCUGACGUCCAGCUCCUCCGGCACAUAAGAUAGGCCGCUGAGAGAGAAUAAAUACAAGUCUCUGCUACUCUCUGCCUUCCCAGCUGCUGCUAUGUGCCAGAUUUCUCAUUGCCGUACUUGUGAAAUUAAACAUCUUACCCAAAAUGAAAUGGAAUUUUUGUUUUUUAGAUCUGUUUAAGCAUUAAAGAAGACCUUACAUGUU